AUGACCGAACGAUGCCAGUCAGUUUCGUUCGUAGCUCCACACGACUCGGAUCUGGGGGAAGUGUUUGAGAACGUUCAUAACCGCAUCCAUGGUCCUGCCCGCGCAUCUAUUCACCCCGGAAGCGCUAUCCUUCAACAAGCAGAAAGGAUCAUCAGCGAUCGUUACCCCGCUACCUCGGCUGGAGUCUCACCAGAGGAUCUUCUCCAAUGGUUUUCUGUCCUCGGUUUGGAGGGAUACGACGGAAUUCGAGGCUGGUGGCAUACGUAUCGCCGCCCUGCUCCCAAGCCCGAGAUUGCCAACGGAGGCGGUGUUUCUCUCUUCAUGACGACAUCGACCGACUUCGACUCCCGUACCGAGGAGGAAUGGAGUUCCGUCCAGGUCAUCGGCCAAUCGUCUUCGAGUGAUUCUGGUGGUGGCUACCAGGACGGACUCUUGAGUCUCUGCGAUUUCGCGUUGGGCGUCUUUGCCUGCCAGCCGACGCGGCUCUUCUUGCAUGGAUUAUACAUAUGCGGAUCAAGGGUGGAGCUGUGGGUCUUUGAUAGAUCCGGGUUGUAUUGUUCGGAUGUCCUUGACGUCCACAAGAGCCCGGACCUGACGCGUUUUCUCAGCCAUGUGCUCAGCUACAGGUUGAUGACAGACGAACAAUUAGGAAGGAGCGACCUCAUCAAGAGCGACGAAGACGGCAACUAUAUCAUGAUAUCGAACGCCGUCGUUGGCCCAGAUUUUCCGAGCAAGUUCUACAUCCAACCUGAACCCAUUGCACUUCACGGCGACCAGGUCAGCGCGGGGACCACCUGCUAUUUGGCUCGGAUGCCGCAGAUGGAUCGGUGGAACUAUGUGGUCAAGUUCAAGUGGCGCCGGGCUAGCGAUCGCCCCGAAGAAGAGAUGCUGAAGGCCGCUGACGAGAAAAAGAUCUCGGGUGUGGCGCCUGGGGACCUUCAAAAGCCGGAUGGAACUGCUUCUCGUCUCUUUCAGGACGCUCGGAUCAUUCACCAGGAUAUUUCCGCAACCAACAUCGUCAUCGUGGAUUCUGAAAGCGAGGGGCGCCCGGUGGGGUUCCUCAUAGACCUCGACGUUGCCCUACACAUAGACGUAGGGCCGAGAACGCCGGGAGAGGUCACGGGUACCCGUCCGUUCAUGGCCAUCGGCAUUCUCAAGGGACGGCAUCGGACAUAUCGGCACGACCUCGACUCCUUCCUAUACGUCUUGGUAUGGAUGCUCAUAACAAAUGGAGAACACAGCCCCCCAGAUACAAGCCUGCUUCGAGGAUGGAGCCGUGGGACCAGGGAGGACUCCGCAAUGCAGAAGAUGCGUUACAUGACCAAGGACAGUUUCCCGACGAUUUUGGCGGAGUUCCCGCUGCAGUUCCACCACUUGAGCUCGCUCGCCGAGACUCUUCGCGCCAUCCUAUACCCGGUGAUGGACGACGGGACAAUUUGGACGGGGACCGAUAGUAUGGCUGUGGAUGAGAUCUACGAUGGGAUGAUUAGCGCUUUCGAAGAGGCGAUCGCUCAAGAGCUAACCGAGAUCUAA